AUGGAAUUCACCGAACUGCAAGUAUUGUCCUUCCUGAUUUCAGCCGCUUUGGUGUUCCUUAUGGUGCCCGGCCUGGCGCUGUUCUACGGCGGCCUGGUUCGCCACAAGAACGUGAUCGGGACGAUGAUGCACUCCGUCACAGCCAUCGGAGUGGUCAGCGUGCUCUGGGUCCUUUGGGGAUACAGCCUGGCCUUCAGCGACAGCGUUGGCGGCCUGGGUUUCGUCGGCGACCUCGCCAAGUUCGGCAUGAUUGGUGUCGAGCCGGAUGAACAGGCAUUCAUGAUCUUCCAGGGCAUGUUCGCCAUCAUCACCGUGGCCCUUAUCGCCGGCGGCUUUGCCGAGCGGUUCAAGUUCAAGUCAUACAUCAUCUUCGCCGCCCUUUGGGUGACUAUUGUGUACGCCCCGCUGUGCCACUGGGUCUGGGGCGGCGGCUGGCUCGGCAAUCUGGGCAGCAUCCUGGGAAUGAGUGAAGCCGGUUUUGCCCUUGACUUCGCCGGCGGCACCGUGGUGCACAUCGCCUCGGGUACGGCCGCCCUGGCCGCCGCGCUCAUCGUCGGACGCCGCACCGGGUUCGGCACGGUGAACCUCACGCCCGGCAACGUCCCGCUGGUACUGCUCGGCGCGGGCCUGCUGUGGUUCGGCUGGUUCGGCUUCAACGCGGGCAGCAGCUUCGACCUCAGCACCGCAAGCGCCGCCAACGCCUUUGUUGUGACCAACGUUGCGGCGGCCACCGCCAUGUCCUCGUGGUCCAUCAUCUCCUGGUUCAUCACCAAGCGUCCGUCGGCCAGCGGAGCUGCGGCCGGCGCGGUGGCCGGUCUCGUCGCCAUCACCCCGGCCGCCGGCUUUGUCGGCGUCAUGCCGGCGAUCAUCAUCGGCGCCGGCGCUGGCGGGGCCUGCUUCAUCGCGGUUGAGCUGAUGCACAAGUUCCGCGUCGACGACUCGCUGGACGUGUUCGGCAUCCACGGGAUCGGCGGGAUGUGGGGCGCGCUGGCCACCGGAAUUUUCGUCGGCAUCGGGUUCGGCGCGCUGGAAGCGGACGUAUCACGGCUUGAGCAAAUUUUCUACCAGAUUAUCGGCAUCGGCGCCGCCUUCGGCUGGUCCUUCGUGGUCUCCGCGAUCAUCCUGCUGGCCCUGAAGUACACCAUCGGCCUGCGUAUCACCGACCAGGAAGAGGAGACCGGCAUUGACCUGACGCAGCACGGGGAGGGAAUGAACUAG